AUGCGCUUUCUCUGUCUGCUAGGCUUUAGCCUGUCCGCUUCAAUAGCGAAUGCGACACUUCAGAUCGUACCCGGUGCGACUUGGACAGCAACCAACACAGGUCAGCACAUACAGGCUCAUGGCGCCGGCAUUAUCAAGGAUGGCGGAAAGUGGUAUUGGGUUGGCGAAGACAAAACAAACGGGACAGCUUUCACAAACAUCAACUGCUAUUCAUCCACUAACCUUGUGGAGUGGUCUUAUGAAGGUGCUCUGAUCUCGCGCACUGCAUCCGGAGAUACAGGACCCAAUCGCGUUAUCGAGAGACCAAAGGUUGUGUACAACAAGCAGACGGGCAAGUAUGUUUUAUGGGCGCAUAUCGAUAGCGCCAACUAUGGUGAGGCGAAGAUUGGUGUCGCAAUUGGAGACAGCGUCUGCGGAAAAUACACGUACCUGCGAAGCGAGAGACCAUUGGGCUUCGAGAGUAGAGACUCGGGCGUGUUCGUUGAUGAUGACGGCAAAGGCUACCUACUCACGGAAGACCGCAGCAACGGCUUACGCAUCAACGCACUUUCCGAUGACUAUCUCAACGUUACUAGGAAUGUCUACGUCUGGAAAGAGAAAUACGAGUCCCCAGCCCUCAUCAAACAUGAAGGUGUUUACUUCAUGUUCGCCUCACAGCUUACCGGAUGGAACCCAAACGACAACUACUACAGCACAUCAACAUCGCUCUCAGGUCCAUGGUCUUUCUGGAAAAAGUUUGCAGACUCUGGAUCAAAUACGUACGCUUCUCAAACAACCUUUGUAUUGCCUGUCGGGAAUGGAUACGUGUACAUGGGCGAUCGAUGGCAAAGUGAGAAUUUGAUGAGAAGCACAUAUGUGUGGCUACCGCUUCAAAUAUCCGGGACUACUGCUAGCAUGAAGAACACAGUCAAUUGGAUUCUUGACCCCAAUACUGGGGCUACUACCUCUGGUCCCGAAGAAACCUCCUACGAAGGUGAGAACGCAAACCUUACCGACGGUGCCAAAUCUCAGGCCUGCUCCACUUGCUCUGGCUCCAAAGCAGCUGGAUACAUUGGCGGCACGGCAUCCGGCACCAUCGCGUUUCCCAACAUCCAGUCUUCAGCAACAACUCGCACGACGAUGAGGAUCAAGCAUCUCAAUGGCGAUAAGGGUCAAAGGUAUGCAAAUAUCAGCGUGAAUGGGAAGACGCAGAGAGUAGCCUUUCUGCCACAUGGGGGAGGCGAUCCAGCAAGUUCGGUGGUACACGUCGAUUUGAAACAGGGUUCGAACGAAGUCAAGGUUGGCGGUAUCAAUGGAGGCUGGGGACCGGAUAUCGAUAGGAUCUUUGUUCCAGUCAGGUGA